AUGGCUGCUCCGCGACGCAGGAGAAUCGGCCAUCGGCGCCGCGUCGAGGACGAGGGUGACGACGACGCCCGCACCGACGCGCUCGACCUCGAUGACGAGUCCCUCAGCGACGGCUCGCUCUUGACCGAUGAUAUCGACGCCGGCGAGGAUAGCGACACGAGCAACAUCGAUGAAGCAUCGCCAACAUCGCCUGAUGCCAAGAAGUCGGCAAACGGAGCGCCCAAGACCGCCUCGCGCCAACCCGCGGGCCAGGACGCUCAACAGGCCAGCAGUAAUGCCGUCUCGGACACGGACGCGAUGCUGCAUGGCUUGUCCAUCGCCGACAAGCCCGCCCCGGCCCAGGCGAUGCACUUUGAUGAUGUCGUCGUGUCACCACCCAAAUCCCCCUCGGCUCCCAUCAUUGUGAGCUCCGCAUCGGCCCCCAGGCCGCAGCCCGCCUCCCAGGUCGACCGCCGUCGCCAGGAACACGAGGAUUACAAGCGUCGGAGAGAUGAGGAUCCGGCAUUUGUCCCCAACAGAGGCUCGUUCUUCAUGCACGACCAUCGGCAUGCUGGCCCUGCCGCCAAUGGCUUCAGGCCGUUUGGCAGAGGCCGGGGAAGGGGUGGCCGCGGCGGAGCCGUCGUCGGCGGCCCCUUUUCUCCCUUCAACAAUCACAUGCAUCACCCGUCAGAUCCGACGACAAACUCGCCAUGGACUCACGACAUGCACGAGGCCGUGGCCGACCCGAUUCCUCGCCGCCCUCGACAGAUUCACAACCAGAGCGAGGGACCGCCCAACGGCAACGGCAUCAUCCCGACGUGCGAGCCUAGUGCAACACCCAUCAACCGGACGCUGUCAACAGAAAAGCACAUUGGCAAUGCUCAGGUCAGGGUUUUCCUGCCGCGCAUGAAGGUACCCGCCGUCUUUCCGGGCAUGCCCGUCAAGCAGUACACCAAGCUGCCUGAUCACCGGCCACCCCUGCGGAGGGACAAGCCUGUCCGCAUCUCCUUGCCGAACCACCCGCCUCGAUACAUCUUCCCGGCACCCGACCGGUCCUUCACCUUCAUCCCGCGUGCCCUGCGGCCCAACCAGCAACGCAUGCGUGGCAAACCCCGGUCUACCUGGGGUGGUUCCGUCGGCGGCUACUCGAGACGCACGAGUGUCUUCGGAGGCGGCAGCUACUAUGCGGGAAGCGUGUACUCUCCAAGCGUCGCCAUGAGCCGAAGGUCGUCGAUCGUUCACGAGCGGGACAUGAUGUUUUCGCCCACGGGUUCGGUCAUGUCGAGACCGCCGAUGCCUGCCGAUGCGGCCAGGCCGGUCGUCCGGCUGCCGCCUGCUCCAGGGCCCGAUAUGCAGAUGCAAAUGCCGGGGCAGCCCGUUGAACCUCUGCCACAGCACGGAACGCCCAUUGCUGUGCAGGAGGCCUCAAUCACUGACCUGCCGCAGCCACAGACGCAUCCUCUUCCGCAGAAGCCAGCCGUCCACGAGAACCGGCCCGCGUCGCUGCCGAUGCAUCAGCCCCGCCCUCAGAAGAACAUCUCCGUCGCGGACAUUGAGCCGCCUGCCUUGCUCCAAGGUCCUCAAGCCUUCCAGCAGCCGUUCCACCAACAGGUUCCUGUGCAAGUGGCCAACGGCCUCGGCCAGGACGCGCAUGGGCACGCACGCCGGCCGUCGUAUCCCUCCCACCACUCGACCGGGACGCCGCUCUCCCAAAUCCCGGAAAGGGCGAUCCAUGCAGCGCCCUUCCAGCCCAAUGCGUACAACCAGCCGCCGUACUACAACCAGGUCUACCAGCCCCAGGGGCAGGCCCAGCAGGGCUACUACUACCCUCCUGGCUAUUCCGGCCCUGCGAUGGGCACGACGGCGGCAGCUCCUCCAUUCGUCCCGGCCGCUGAACACGGCAGCUACACUCCGCAGAACCAGGCAGAGCAGGCUCCGCAAGGCGGCAUGCCCGGACCCACGAGCCUCGUGGCGCAAGAGGUCAAUGGCAUGGUUUAUUACUACGACACGUCCCAGAUGCAGCCUGUCGGUUCCUACCCGCCCUACUCGGCUCCGCAGGCGUUCCAGCCAAGCGUCAUGGGGAUGGGAGGCAUGGUCACGCCGAGCCCGGAUGCAUUUUACUAUCCCCAGCAGGCACCGGGCAUGAUGUACUACCCUCAGUAG